UGUUGCUAUGCAGGUCUGCAGGACGCAGACAGGCUCUCCACCGGUCAGUCACUCUUUUCUCCUUGAGCAGGCUGGCGGCCAGCUCAGAAAACCCCUAAUGCUCAGUAGAUAAAGGGUCCCAUUUUGCAGUUAUCAUCCUUCUUGUCCCCUUAUUUGCUUUAAAACACCUUUGCGUAAGUGUUAAUCGAGGUUACUGUCGACUGCAGGCGAGAGGAGGCAGAACAAAAAGGAUGUCUUUCCGCUCCCAGUGUUGUUAUCACAGACAGGACGCUAUAUCGUGGUUCGCCACGUUGGGGAGCCGUUGAGCUUAGCUAGGUAGUUGCUGAAGGGGUUCCCCGUUAAUACCGCCCCCCCCUCCCAUCCCUUCCCUCUGCUUUUUCUUCUCCGCUUGUCUGCUCUCUUGCUUCACAACACAGUACAGUACACACUAGUCCUCUGGUAGUGGCAGCAGCCAGCACAAGUGUGUUCAGCGUCUCCUCGGAGCUUCAGUUUCAGCUCUGUACAAACUAGCGAUUUAUCAUCAAUCAUGGCCGCCGGAGUACAAAUUUAACUCCCGUCUUUCCUCCCUGUCGUCUGGAGGGGAGGAUUUUUUGUUGGAGACAAAAUAUUAGUCCCACACUGAUUUGGAUUUCCUAUUGGAAUUACAAUACAUCUCGCAAGGGAACAACCAUUCAUGUCAAUACUCCAAAAUGCAGCCGCCGCCGAGGAAGGUCAAAGUGACACAGGAGCUGAAAAACACACACACAGAGCAGAUGACAAGACUGCACUUUAAAUACCAGACUGAAUAUGACCUGCUGGAAGACAUGAGGACCUACAGUCUGAAGAAGGGACAGCUGGAGAGGGACUAUGCACAGGCUCUGCAGAAGUUAGCAAGCCAAUACCUUAAGAGAGACUGGCCUGGAAUCAACCCUGAUGACCAGAGAACAGACUACAGGAAUGUGUAUGCAGUGUGGAGGGCCUACUUAGAAGGAACCGUGCAGGUGAGCCAGUCCCGGCUCAAUGUGUGUGACAACUACAAAAGUCAAGUAUCAGAGCCCGCUAAGACUGUUCGACUCUAUAAGGAGCAGCAACUCAAAAAGACCAUAGAUCAGUUGAGUGGCAUUCAAGCAGAGCUGCAGGAGUCGGUGAAGGAGUUGGCCAAAGCCAAGAAAAAAUACUACGAUUGUGAGCAGGUUGCCCAUGCUGUGCGAGAGAAGGCUGACAUAGAGGCCAAGUCUAAACUGGGUCUUUUUCAGUCAAGAAUUAGUUUACAGAAAGCAAGCGUAAAGUUGAAAGCUAAGAGAAGUGACUGCAACUCCAAGGCGACACACGCCAGGAACGACUACUUGCUAACUCUAGCUGCUGCCAACGCUCACCACGACCGCUACUACCAUACAGAUCUACCACACUGCAUACAGGCCUUGGAUGGCAGGAUCUAUGAGCAUGUGAAAGACUACCUGGUAGAGCUGAGUCAUACCGAGCUAGAAGCCUCCCAAGCCACACACAACACCUUCCAAUUCCUGUUGGACAAAUCUACCAGGAUAAUUCAAGAGUACAACCAGCAGUUGUUCAUGCAGGAGAACCCAGUGUUUCACAAAGCACAUGACUUUCAGUUCCAGCCCAGCGAAUGUGACAUGACUCUGAGCUCGGUGCAGCAGUUGGUGGACAUUGAGCCGUCGCCCGUCAGUGCCAUGAGAAUGACCCUGGCACAGAGUCGUCAGCUGGAGUCGGAGACGGGGACGACGGAGGAGCACAGUCUGAACAAGGAGGCGAGGAAAUGGGCAACCAGAGUGGCCAGAGAACACAAGAAUAUCAUCCAUUACAAGAGACGUCUGGAGGAGUGCGAGAACCAUGGAUUGCCCCCCACCGAGCAGGGCAGACUAGAUCUGGAGUUGAAGAUAGAAGACACCAAAGAAAACAUACGCAAAGCUGAGACAAUAAAGUUAAAAGCUGAGGCUCGAUUGGACCUUCUGCGGCAAGUGGGGGUUGCUGUGGAUACCUGGCUGAAGAGCGCCAUGAACCAGGUGAUGGAGGAGCUGGAGAAUGAACGUUGGGCCAACUACACUUCCCACGAUCCCUCACUGUCGGGCACAGUGGAUUUGGAACGUGAGGAGGGAGAAGAGUGUGAAGAAAACAUGGAGGUUUUUGACGACAGCAGCUCCAGUCCUUCGGGAACCCUCCGAAACUACCCGCUAACCUGCAAAGUCCUGUACUCAUACAAGGCCUCCCAGCCGGAUGAGUUAACUAUUGAUGAACAGGAGAUGCUGGAGGUCAUUGAGGAUGGAGACAUGGAGGACUGGGUCAAGGCUCGCAAUAAGACAGGUCACGUGGGCUAUGUCCCAGAGAAAUACUUACAGUUUCCGACCUCCAACAGUCUGCUGAGCAUGCUCCAGUCUCUGGCUACACUCGAUGCUCGAUCACACACCUCGUCCAAUUCCACCGAGCCAGAGUUGCACUCCGGCUGCAUCAAUGGAGACACAAACAUGAUGUAUGUCCGUGCACUUUAUGAUUAUGACGGACAGGCGGACGAGGAACUCUCCUUUUCCGAGGGAGCGGUGAUCCGCCUGUUGAGCCGCGACACUCAGACAGACGAUGGCUUCUGGGAGGGGGAGCUCAACGGACGGGUGGGCGUCUUCCCAUCCGUGCUGGUCGAAGAUCUGACUGAGAAUGGGGAGCCCAGUGGAGGAGGGCUGGGUGACAUACAGAUUUCUCCGUCUCUGAAGUUGCCAUGUUCUCUGCCACCUCUCCCGCUGUAUGAGCAACCUCCUAUCAGCCCUUUCACCAGCCCAGAGACCUCCACCCCGCCUCCUCUCCCACGCUCACCCUCUACUGCACUCAACGGGGAGCACAAGCCUCCACCACCCGCCUCGUCACACAAGGCACCGCUUCCUACCCACAAUCAAAGCUCUGGCAAGAGUCCUGUGUCUCCAGGAUUUCCUCAGCCACUGCGAUUCACCCCUGAAGGAGGCCCAGGCAAACUACGACCGGUGCGAGCUGCUCCUCCUCCACCCAAACAGCACCCCCGCCGACCGCAGGAGAAGAGCGACAAGACGGAGGAGGUGGAGAUCACACUGGUGUGACAUACAGACAAGCUGCCAUGCGGUUAUAGAGACAGAAAAAUAAAAACAGAUGAAAGACAGACGCAUCCUACAGGCUGGGGAACUGAACUGCUCUGAACUGAAGUCAGCUUAAACAAAGUGAUGUGAAGUAAACUGAACUGUACCACGUCUCUCCACAUCUUCUCUCAUCCUCAAGUUGAGGAGGAGAGCAAAGAGGGGGAGUCAUGACAGAGUAUCCAGUUGAAUAAUCUCCAUAUUAGCUUCCUUAAUGAAGUGCAGCAGUAGCCGCCCCUACAUCUCUCUGCCCUCCCCCGUCCUUCCAUUCUUGCCUUAAAACUUUACCUCAUCGGGCAGCAAACCAGAGCACACUGAAGAGGAGGAAGAAUGUUUAGACAUGGGGAGUGAUAGGGAAAGUGAAUGAUGGGUUUGGCAAGUUUUCUUUCAUUUUGUUACACUUACUUCAAAAUAUUGUAAAGCAGUUUAUCUCUUUAAGUGAAGAUCAUUCUGAUGAGAAAAAACUUUUUUUCACUCACUUGCUAACAAAUAAUAAUAAAAUGUGAAAACUUAUGGAGCCCUGGAACUGAAGUUGUAGUUGUAGUAAUUAAAGAGUCAUAGGACAAGUCAAAAAUAUAACUUAAUACAAAAUUAUAUUGUUAAUAAAAAAGGAUUGUAAAAGGAAAUGUACAGUAUUACACUUAUAUAUAUUAUAUUUAAUCCUUAUUUUCCCCAUCCAACAUUUUUUUUCCUCAAAUUGUCCUUGGGCAUAAAACAGAAUUAGAAAAAUUGCUUAUAUUUUAAGCAAAGGAGAGGAUUGUGUGGCUAGCUUGCUCAACUGACAACACUGGUAGCUAAAUACUCCACCAGCCUUUUAAGCUAGCUACCUAGCUGAAGCUAACUGUCUUCAUAAAACUACACCAGCCAGUGCAUGUUAUGUUAAUUAUCCAUAUACUGUACUGCAUACUGCAGCAGCAUCACUGUAAAUUAACAGUAGUUAAAGCAUUUUAAUCAGCAAGCUAACACUAACAAAGAUAUCUAGCUAGAGCUUGGAACUUUUAAAUUUGCUUUAUUUCCCAUUUUGAAAAACAAGACAUUAAAUCACACAUUUACAAAAUGUUGAAGAUGACAAAAUAAAGUCCAAGACUUUCCACUCUGGUCCUCGAUAAAGACCAGAGAAAUGCAAGAUGAAGUUGAAGAUAAUGUCUCCUCCAAGUAGCGUAGCAAGUAGCUUGCUGGCUACAAUGCUUCAGCUAUUGUUAAAAAUGUUCAUACACUAAUGCUAGGGCAGAAUGCUGUACACUAUAUAUAUAUAUAUAUAUUAGGUGCAGUAGCUGGUGUAGUUGUAUGCCAAAAGUCAAAUUCAGCUGGGUAGCUAGCAAAAAAAGGCUUGUGUUUAUCCACCAGUGUUUUCAGGUAAGCUAGCUAACGUAACAUUAGCCACAUAGUCCUAUAUGGGAAUAGAUAAAUGAGUAAAUGUGUGCCAAGACCAAAAAAUAGAAAAAUAAAUGAGUUGAAAAAUAAAAUUAGCAAGUGAAAGAUAAAUAGUAAAUAAGAGUAGAAUUAAUUUAUUUAUGUUUUUGACUUAUCUGAUAUCUUUUUACAAUAGUUUAAGUGGCAGGGCUCUAUAAAAAGUAAGCUUGAUGAGAGUAAAUAAUCAUAAAACUUGCCAAACGGGUCAUGAUUUGGACAGAGAAACUGGGUGGUGUGUGGACAAAGUGUUCCCCCCCGCCAGCCCUUCCCUUGCCAUAUAUAGUCCUUAUCAUCAUACGUAUUCAAUGUGUAUUAGUACAGUACAUUACUGUUGUCAUAGGAAUGUUAUGCACAGCGUUUCAUAUAGACUAACUCAACUGAUUGGAAUACCAUGUCUGAUAUGUAGUAGACGUUUUAUCCUCAUCUUAUUCUGAAAGGGCAUUGUAAAUACGGUAUAAAGGAGAGAUGAAAUAAGAGGAGGGAAGGAGGGGAUGAAAGGACAAGAGGCAAAAAGGAGGCUGGAUCCUCCUCUCUGCUCUUUUCUCCACCUCUCUUCACACACUUUCUUCGUCUCCCUCUUUUCUCUAAUGUCUGUUCUGUCCAUUGGCAGUCAGUGUGAAUCGAUGGCUAUCAUAUACACACACAUUCAUUUACAUUAUAUUACGCACACAUUGCUAUAGCUUCUCUCAUUCUGUGACCCUCUGUGUGCUUAUAUCACUGAUGGGUUCAGGAGGAGGCGCAUGGUGCUUUCAAAGGCACUGACAUUGUUGGUAUUCACUAUGUGGUAACUAAGAAACGUUUUAUUUGAGAUGAUAUCAACACUGAUCAUUUUGGGUCAGGAGUUUUUAUUAAUCACAGAUUGAACUGUAUAGCUUUUAUCCCUACAGAUCAUAUCUCUCACGUAAAUUUAGUUAAUUUAUAACACUGAUACCAUAACAUAUAUCCUUGUUUAGUUGAAACGCAUUACAUUCACAGGUAUUAUUUUUCUCUGUUGUCUUGCAAAGAAACUCCAUCACAUCACUAAGUGAGUGUUUUUUUAAUACAGCAGAGAAAACAUCCAUAAAAAACAAAUUAACCUUUAACAUUUCCAAUUUGAUAUCAUCCUUAGCUUUUCCUUUAAUUAACGGUGGUAGAAACAGACAACAAAAGAGAUGUAUAAAACAAAUGCAUCACGCUAAAUGGACAGAACUAGCAAAGGACAUUCAUAUGGAGCUAAGUACAAUUAUGUUUUUUUUUUUUUACUCAAAGUAAAUAAAUCUUUUCCCCUUAAAUACCCUUCAAGCCUUUAAAACUCCUUGCCUAAAGGGCAUCGUAGCACUUUUAUUUAUUUGUACCUUUCUUGGAAAGUAGCAUGGCAUCAGAAUGGAUAGAAAAGACUCUGAUGAAUCACUGCAGUUUAAUACAGAAAUCAGAGUUAUUCUUUUCAUUCGGAUUAUGUGGUGAAUCUUCUUUAUUUCAGUGUGACUGAUUUUAUUUUAUUUUUUUUAUUCUCCACUCUUCCAAAGAGAUAGAGAGGUAAUUGUGAGCAAUGUAAUUUGGUGUUUUCCUAAACUUAUAAAAACAAAAAAACAUGAUCAUAGUAAGGGAUGUUUUAAAUGAAGACUUGAGGAGAAUGUGGUUUUAUGGUCUUGAGAUGGGCCAGGCUGUUUGCGUGUGUGAUUGUUUAAAGGAGAGAGGAUCAGAUCUGUGUUGGACUCUGAAGAUGUAAAGAUGUGUCCCAGUUCCUUCCUCCGUAUUUAUUUUAAACUGGGUUUGAUUUGACUGACUGUUUACAUUUCAGAAUAAAGUAUCAAAGACGUCAAUACGGAUUUUAAAUUUGCUUGAUUUUUGAGUGUGGUGUUAAUGGACAAUAUUGUUCCAGAAGAGGGAGCUCCUUACAGCUGGAAAAAAAUAAAUCUAAUUGAGCCCUGUUGUGAGACAGCUCCAGAUACAGAUAUUACAGAAGACUAAAAUGAAAGUAUUCAAUCUGUGCUGCUUUCUCUUUGUUAAGAACAUUAUAUGUCAUACUCCAAAAUGAUAGUAUCUUAGCACAUUUCUUGUUGGUAUGCAACUGUAAUCAUCUCUCUCUCUCUCUCUCUCUCUCUCAUUUAAAAUGGUUUUCAAACUUUUUUUUUGAAGUUUGUGGUUCAUAGCAAGGUCCCACAGAACUUCCCACCAUACAUGCUCAAUCAGUCUUUCUAUCAAAUGUAAAAUGUGUGACUCUUUGUUGCCAGUUGCCACUUUGACCCGGAUUAUUUUCCUUUUUUAACAGUCCCUCUGGUCCACUACAGUGUUGAAUUAUUUGGUAUGAGCCUGUUUUAUUUUUUAUUUUUUUUUAAUGUAUUAUAUAAUUAUUUUAUAUUUCAUCCUUCGAUUUGGAGCAGCUGCACAGCGGCUCUUAUUAACGACGUGGUGGAACAACUGGCCUUCUCUCUCUUCACAGACUGUUGCCAUGGUGACAAUAAUGAGAACAGGUGCAAAAGUCUUUCUGCAUAUUAUUAUUGGCUGUACAAAAAAAACAAAGUUUGUAUUUAUUGUGUACAAAUGUUAAUUAAUAAAAUAAUUGAAAACUG